AUGAAGUUCUCCACCAUUCUUCCCGCCGUUGCACUGCUUGCCACGCAGGUCGCUGCUCAUCCUGAACGCCAUGUCCCUCAGGCUGAGCUGGCCCGUCGUUCCCAUCUCGCGAAGCGCUGUGCCAGUGCCGUGGGCAACCUCAACGAAAAAAGAUACAACAAACGCUCUCAGAUGAAGCGAGACCUGGAAACCCGCUCCGGCAACACGACUUACCAGAUCACCACCGAGGCUCCCUUCUACGAUGUCAUCCAGAACGACACGUGCGUCCUGAGCCCCGAAGUGACCGAGGGUCCCUACGUCUGGCCGAGGUCUCAAACCCUCCGCCAGGACAUGACAGAGGACCAGUCCGGCAUCCCGCUGCUGCUGGACAUCGGCCUCAUCGACAUGGCCACGUGCGAGCCGCUCCCGGACGCGCUGGUGUCGUUCUGGCACUGCAACGCCACGGGCAGCUACUCGAGCUUCACGGGCCUGUCCCCCAACACGGGGUUCCCGGACCUGCUGCAGAGCCUCAACAUCACCGACUUCGAGAUCGGCGUGACGGACCUGCACACGGACGCGACGACGUGGCUGCGCGGCAUGUGGCCGACCAACGAGAACGGCAUGAUGGAGAUGAAGACCAUCUUCCCCGGCUUCUACGUCGAGCGCUCCAUCCACAUCCACGCUCAAGUGUACACCAACUGGACGCUCCACUCCAACGGCACCGUCGACUCGGGCAACAUCGUCUCUACGGGCCAGCUUUACUUCGCCGAGGAUCUUUCGCAGCAGAUCAUGGCUCUCGAGCCGUAUGCCAGCCACACGCAGAUCAACCGCACCACCAACGCCGUCGACUCGGUCUACUCGCAGGACACGGAAGGCGGAUACAGCCCCAUCAUCAGCGUGGUGCCGUUGGACGGCGAGAACGUUGAGAACGGCAUGGUCGGCUACAUUACGAUCGGUGUCGAUACCACCGCUAUUGAGAACUGA